AUGAAUGCAUCCCACGCGACCAAGUUUCGUCACGUGGAGAACACGCGACUCGCCCCUGCGUCCAGAGUCUUGACGCACUUGCCCGUGUCUAUUCCAAGUGCCAGUUCUGAACGUCCCGCUCUUGCUGCGACAUCCGCUCACUUGACAUUUGUUCAAGAGUCAGAAGUCUACAGAGACGCGGCCGCUGUCGUGCGCGCACUAAAGACGAGACGCGUGACGACAGAUGUGGCUUUCUCGCGUUAUCGGGAAGACCUGUUGCUCUCUGCUGGCAAUGUUGUGGCGACGGUGAAGCUCUGGCGAGCCACGUACUCGAGACGAGGAGUGCUGAGACUGUAUGACGUGCAUGCUUCGACGAUGAGCUUAGAGAGAGCAGUGGGAAAAGGCGCUUCGUUGACGUCUGCGGACUGGACUUGGGAUGGUCGAGCUGUGAUAGCGGCAACGAAUGACCCAGCUGUGAGGAUGGUGGACACGCGUGAGCAUCCGACGUCGACGGUCGAAGUACCAAAGGCACAUUCAGGUACACGACCCGUAAGUGUUCUCUGGUGUGGACGGACGCAGCAUUUCGUCACGUGUGGAAGCGAUACGCUGAUGCAGGACCGAGAGCUCAAGUUGUGGGACCCUCGACGCAUGGACAAGUGCUUACAUCGAGAAAGAGUGGAUGCAGGAGGUAGUGGCCAGUUAUUUCCGCUCUACGAUCCUUAUAUGGACCUCUUGUUUGCGCUUGGCAAGAGAAGUUGCAGUGCCAGAAUGCUUGAGGUAGACGUGACGCGCGUCCCUUAUGUGCAUGCACUAAACUGCCGCACAUCGCGUGACUCGACACUUGCAGCGCUUGCAGCGACGCUUCUGUCCAAGUCAGUGUGUGAUACGAAUGUGUGUGAAGCUGCCCGCGUGUUGAAUCUCAGUACGAGCAAAACGAGUGGUGGCGUGACCUGCAUAGUCAUCAGCUACCGAGUUCCUCGCUACGAGGCGACGUAUACGUUCCAAAGCGACUUGUAUCCCGACACGUUGUCAAAAGAAGCUGCAAUAAAGUCCGAGGCGUGGAUACGGGGGCAAAAUACUGAUCCUUAG